CAUUGGUUCUCAGGAAAGCAGGAAGUUGUGCGUACUUGUUCUGCGACACAGUUCCACCAGGGGCACGGGAUCUACAACACAUGUGUGGCCAAAAUGGUGAGAUUUAAAUCAAGGUAUCUGCUAUGUGAAGUAUGUGUGGAGGAUCGAAGCAGCUUGUUGCUACUGGAGGAGAGAGCAAUCUUUCACGCCGUGAAAACUGCGGUGGCUCGGUCACACGGAGACUACGGCGCAGCAUUGCUCAUUCUGAGCUUCGCAGUGAAGUACGUGAAUGCCCACACAGGCAUUAUCCUGAUACGCUGUAGAAAGAGCCACUAUCGGAUCCUCUGGUCUGCAUUGCCUUUCAUCAGCUGUCUAGAGAACCGAGGCCAGAAAGUGCAGUGUCUCAUCAGCUGUCUUCAUGUUGGAGGAACUAUCCGAACGUGCCAGAAGUUUCUGGUGAAGUACAGCACUCAACAGCUCCACAGAAUGCUACCUCACUGUAAGAAUGAAGCUGAAAGAGAUGAGGUGCGGAGGGCAGUGCUAAGCUGCUCUCUUGAAAAAGAGCGAGACGUUGAAGAAGAGGAGGAGGUGGAGGAAGAUGAUUGGGAAGAUGAGUGACCAUAUCUGAUGUGCUGAGUGCUGGUAGCAUAAGAGGGAUGUUGGCAUUGAUGUCCCUGAACCUUCCUCCUGGUGCCACAGUGGAAUGGGCUGGCCAUUAUGACAUCCUGAUGUUUCAGAAGCUGGGUAUGCUGUAAGACUUUAGAAACAAAGUGAAUUUCACUGAUUUUGUUCAUCAGGAAUGUGAGUCGCCGUUUACUGCCUUGGUGUAUGCAAUCUUCAAUGCCCAUGGAAGAAGUAUAACUUCAAGUGAAUUUUCAGUAUUUCAUAUGAUCCAAAGUCCAACUACUACAUUAAUAGCAUAUGUUGUGCCUUUCCAACUAGAUUCACUCAUUUGACUAAUGUUUCCUUUUUAUAUCCAUUUCAUUUGAGAUUUAACCAAAGGUUGGGUAACUUGUGGUACGCAAUGGGAUGGGUGAGUGAGAUGCUGUAUCUGCAGUGUGCAAAUAAAAUUGUUAGUCUGUGUAAA